UUCCUCUGACCUUCAGCUCCCACCCGCUCCGAGGAAGAGGAGACACACAAGAUGGAGGGAGGAAUGGCAUCCUACCCUGUUGCAACGCCGAAGUCGCGCUGCCGCAGGGGGCGCAUUGGGGUCCAGCCGUCCCCACCGUCCCCACAGCGCAGAUCACAGGUAGUCGGACCUUUCCCGCUGGCGCGCGGCCUCAGCCAGGUUCGCGCCCAGCGCUCUCUCGCCCACUUCUACUGGGGCCUGCUUCCUCUCCUGCUCUCUCUGUCUCAACGUCAUUGAUUUUCUCGUACUGCCCGGGACGUCUUGCCCACGUGUGCCUUUAAAACGCUAAGAGAUGCAACUGAACGUGUGAGACAUGGCGCAGAUAGGCCGAGAGGCGGCAAGAGAAAUGCCCCAGAACUCAAGAACCCGGCCACGCCCUCCGCUUCUACCACCACCAGCAACACCAACCCAGGGGCCUGCUUUCGCGGUCCCCCUAGCCAAGGUGAGGCAAGUCCCACUUGAAUGUCAUCCCGUUCCUCUUGGGAACGCUGGACCGCGCUCAACCUUAACUGUGCGUUGAGGUGGAAGUUGGAUUUCUCUUUGCAUGACAGUGUCUCUGCACAAGGCCGUGGAGGGGCACACGGAUCCACCUGGCUCGCUCUCUAGCUGGAUUCAGGUGGAACGGAGGACCAUGAACACUCAGGACUUUUUCUGCUUGGGUCCUGUGCUUUUCAGGUUUCGGGCCUAAGAGGCCCAUCACCUCCUUAUACCUUUUUUCUGAGUAUUAAAAAAAAAAAAAAAAAAAAAA